AUGGCUUUCAAGAAGUGCGCGAAAGUCGCCGGCGUUGCUGCCUCCCUUGGGGGGGGGGUGUCCGCGGCGACGAAGAAGACAAACACCGCGACGCAUGUGUGGAGCGGCAGCGAAAAGGCGGAUCCGGCGGUGGCGUUGCAGUCCCAGGACCAGAACCUGGGUCGCGGUUGUUGUUUUCUCGAUAAAGUGGUAUGGCCAGAUUGCGUAGACGACGGGGUUUGCGGUUUCAAGUGCAACGGACGAGAAGAAGAUGCCUGUAGAAAUGCUGCGUCCUGGAAGGCGGGAAAUUUUUGCAAGUGGGGGUGGGUGCGCGACGGCGGCCCCGACGAGGAGUGCGCGAUGACGACAACGAGCACACCGUAUCCGGUGCCGCACUUAAAUUUGUAUUAA